AUGAUCCCACGGUGGCUGUUGCUCACAUUGAGCCUGCUGCUGGUAUGGACUUCACAGCCAGCAGCAGCAAAGGGAAAUGAACCGAACAUCGUGACCCAUGAACUCAACGAUCUGCCCUCCGACCUGUUCUACUUCCGCGGCACAAACACCAUCCUCUACCAUGACAGAAGUUCCCUCACUGCACGUGUCUCCUUUGAUGGUGGUGAGAAAUGGGAGAUUGUCAAGGGUAAGGAUGGAACUAUAGAAGGUACCGUCGACUUGAUCUGGGAACAUCCGUAUGACGCCAAUCGCGCAUACAUCCUCGGCGAGAAGGGCAAGCACUGGAUCACGACCGAUCAGGCCAAGUCGUGGAAACCAUUUCAGGUGGAUGCGAUGCCGUUUGCAUCAAUGCGCACAGUACCAUUGGAGUUCAAUGGCUGGGAUCCGAAGAAGGUUAUCUUUAUGGGUCUGGAGUGCACCAUCAUUGGCUGUAUGCCCCAGGCAUAUUAUACCAUCGACGACUUCGAGAAUAUCCAGCCUUUGCGGGAGAUGACACUCCAAUGUAUUUGGGCCGCGAGCCGCCCGCAAUUCGCGUCGGACAUGGACCUGCCGAAGUCGAUAGGAGAUCGGAUCCUCUGUGUGGUUCCCGGGUUGAAGGGGCCGUUUGAGCAUACUCGUACAGAGCGGUUGAUCUAUUCUGAGACCUUUUUUAAAGGUGAUGCGGAGGGUACCGAGGCAAAAUUGGACCAUGGAAAACCGCUGAGCGGUAUCAGUCUCCAGAUCCGCUCGGUGUCCAAGUACAUCGUGGCGCGUCUUCAAUCGCGCGGCACUCAGGAGCAGGCUUUAUAUGUCACUGACGACGCGAAUGUGUGGCACCGCGCGGAAUUUGGCACGCACCGCAUUGAAGAGGAUGCCUAUACUAUUUUAGAAAGUACCAACUACAGCAUCCAGAUCGACGUGCAAACCACCUGGCAUGAUAACCGGAUGGGUACACUUUUCUCAUCCAACUCCAACGGCACGUACUUUACGCAGAAUAUCGAGCACACGAACGAGGACCUGUAUGGCGUGGUUGAUUUUGAAAAAGUCGCAGGUAUCCAGGGUAUCUCGAUUGUCAACACGGUCAAGAACUGGGAGGAAGCUGGGAAGUCGGACUCGACUAAGAAGAAGCUUGUCAGCAGUAUCAGUUUUGACGACGGGAGGACCUUCCAACCGCUCAAGGUUGAUAAAGACGAUCUACACAUCCACUCGAUGACUACCUACGCCGCGCUGCACGAGAUGCCCCUGCCAGAUCACCGGAUGUUCUCAAGUCCAGCUCCAGGCUUGAUCAUGGGCGUUGGUAACACUGGAGAUCACCUCGAGGACUACUCCAAGGGUGAUCUCUAUGCCUCAGAUAACGCGGGUCUUACCUGGCGGCGCGCUCUCAAGGGCCCACACCGGUACGAGUUUGGCGACCAAGGAGGUGUGGUCGUGGCGGUCUUGGAUGGCAGUCAGACGGACAAUGUCCAAUAUUCCAUCGACCACGGGAAAGAGUGGGAGUCGAUUGAUCUCAAGCAGAAGAUCAAGCCUCUCUAUCUGAUCUCGACCCCGGAUUCAACUAGCCUCAAGUUCCUGCUCGUUGGCAUUUCCAGCGAUGACACCAAAGCCCUCAUGUACUUCAUUGACUUCGAUGGCCUUCAUGAGCGCAAGUGUGGCCCUGAGGACCUUGAAGAGUGGACUGCCCGUUUGAAUGAAAAGGGUGAGCCGGAUUGUCUGAUGGGUCAUAAACAGUUCUUCCAACGCCGUAAGGCAAACGCGGAGUGCUUUAUCAAGAAAGAAUUCGCCAUCAACGGCCCUGAGUUCAAACCCUGCAAGUGUUCCGCUGAAGACUUUGAAUGUGACUACAACUUUAUUCGCAGCGAGGACCGCAAGGAGUGUCUACCAGCCCUCCCGCUAACACCGCCGGCUGGAAAGUGCAAUGAGCCCAGCGACAAGUACAUGGGCCCCUCGGGAUGGCGACUCAUCCCCGGUAACGCAUGCAUCCGCGAAGGUGGCGAGGAACUCGACCGUCAGGUUGAGCGCUCCUGCUCGAAUGCCACGGCGCCCCCUCCAAUCACCGAUGGCAAACCUCGUGCAGAAAAGCCACAGACCUUCUCUGCCAAGGAGACUAGCUACUUCUAUCUUGAACGACAAGCCAGCAACAACGGCGUAGAUGAGACUAUCAUGAUGCUCACGGACAAACUUGAGCUGUAUAUCUCGCGCGAUCAUGGCCGGAACUGGAAGCAAAUCCACGCGGAUGAGAAGUUUACGGGCAUGGUCCAGCAUCCUUACUUCAGUGAUGCAGCUUUCUUCCUCACCGACAGCAAGAAGGUGUACUACACUAUCAAUCAUGGGGAUUCUUUCCACUUUUUCGAGGCUCCUAGUUUGCCGAACAAGGAGGGCAUCCGCCCGCUGGCUUUCCACGAGAAGUUCCAGGACUCUCUUAUCUGGAUCGGUCACAAGGACUGUGAUGGGAAGAACUGUCGCUCGCAGGCGUACGUCACCGACAAGCGAGGCGCUAGUUGGGACCCGAUGCUUAUUGGAGUGGACGGCUGUAACUUUGGAUAUCACGAGGGCCGCAACAGCAGUGAAAAGCUGGUGAUUUGCGAGCAGUAUAAAGAUGAAGAAAAGAACAACAACCGGCAACUGGUUAUCAGUGAUGAUUAUUUCUCUACCAUGACCGUUAAGUUUGACAACAUCGCCCGCUCCGCCACCAGGAAUGAUUUCGUCGUUGUCGCCUGGUACGAAGGAGACCAGAAGGAAUAUCUGAAUGCUAGCGUGAGCGUCGACGGUCGCACUUACGCUCAUGCGCACUUCCCCUUCAACAUUAAGGUCCCUCAGUAUACCGUUCUUCCUAGCUCCCCACACGCAUUGUUCCUUCUUGUGAAGGUGAGCCAAGGAAAUGAAAAUAGCUUCGGCUCUCUGGUCAAAAGUAAUAGCAAUGGCACCUAUUUCGUCCAGAGUCUCGAAGGACUCAACGUCAACGACCGCGGUUACACGGACUAUGAUGAGUUGCACGGCCUCGAGGGCGUGGCCAUUGCCAAUGUGGUUGCGAAUCGGGAAGAAGUGCAGAGCAAGGGCGCGGCCAAGAAGCUACGCACCAUGAUCACCCACAACGACGGUGGUCAGUGGAUGCUUCUGGCUCCGCCGACUCAUGAUGUCGAUGGCAAGAACUUCGGCUGCUCUGUUACGGAGAGCAAAGGCACCGAAAAAUGCGCUCUCCAUUUCCACGGCUACACUGAACGCCGCGAUCCCCGUGACACCCUCUACUCGGGCUCCGCCAUAGGACUGAUGCUCGCGCUCGGCAACGUCGGUGAAUACCUCACUAGCUCAGCUGAAGCCGACACAUACCUCACCAGAGACGGCGGCAUCUCCUGGAUCCAAGUCAAAAAGGGACAAUAUAUGUGGGAAUUUGGCGCCGCAGGCUCAGUAAUCGUGCUCGUCAGCGACCGGAAGGCAACCAAGGUUGUACACUACACGCUUGACGAGGGUAUGACCUGGCACGAGUUCCAGUUCGCCGAAAAGGAACUGGUCAUCGAUGAUAUCUCAACCGUGCCAUCAGACACAUCGAAGAACUUCCUGCUCUGGGGCAUGGACGGCGGCAAGCGUGUCACCAUCACGCUUGACUUCAGCGGCAUCUGGAGCCGCGACUGUAACGACGAUGAGAGCGACUACUAUGACUGGGCCCCCAGUCAUCCCUUCCAGGAAGAGAAUUGUCUCUUUGGCCAUGUUGAGGAGUACCACCGUAAGAGACCUGCCGCUGAGUGUUGGAAUGCCUGGCGCGAGCCACACAUCCACAGCAUCGGUCGGAACUGCACUUGCACCCGUGCCGAUUUUGAAUGUGACUAUAACUACGAAAUCCAAAAUGACGGCAGCUGUGGUCUUGUCCCGGGUCUUCAACCCCAAGACCACAUUGCACAAUGUGCCCAAGACCCUGACAUGGUCGAAUAUUGGGAACCAACCGGCUACCGCCGAAUUCCUCAAACAACCUGCGUAGGCGGUCUCCUCCUUGAUCAAGACGUCUCAAGACCGUGUCCGAACAAAGAAGAAGAAUAUCAAAAGAAGCACGGCAUCAGCGGAAUCGGUCUAUUCUUCGCGAUCGUAACCCCGAUUGCUGUCGCCGCCGCUGUCGGAUGGUAUGCGUACACACACUGGGAUGGCAAAUUCGGCCAGAUUCGGCUGGGCGAGAAUGGCGCUGUUUCGUCGCAGAGCUGGUUAUCCCGGGACUCGGUGCUGGUCGCGGUACCUGUAGCGAUUAUUGCAGGUAUUGUUGCGGUUGCGCAGGCUCUGCCAUUACUUGUGAAGAGUCUGGCACGGAGCUCGUCUGGGUUGUUUGGAAGGCGGGGAGGACAGAGACCUUAUGCUACUCGUGGCUCGUUUGCCGCGAGGAGAGGGGAUUAUUCUUCUGUUGUUGACGACGAAGAUGAGUUGCUUGGAGCUGAUGAUUUUGAUGAUGAUGAAGAACAAGCGUAG